AUGUCGGAGGACUUGGUGAAACAGCUCGGCAGCUACAAAGCUCAACUGCAGCAGGUUGAGGUUGCCUUGUCUACCGACCAAGAAAAUGAGGAUCUCCUCAAGCUACAGAAAGACUUACAGGAGGUCAUCGACUUGACGAAAGACCUCCUGGCCUCGCAGCCUGCGGAUGCAGCUCCAAGUGCCAACGGUGCCGCUCCAGCACCUAUCAGGCACAUCUGGAAAGUGGGAGACAAGUGUUUGUCCGUGUGGAGUCAGGACGGACAAGUGUAUGAGGCUGAGAUUGAGGAGAUAGACCACGAGAACAGCACGGCCGCCGUCACGUUCACCGGCUACGGAAACGCCGAAAUCAUCCCUUUGCAAAACCUCAAAGCGGUGGAGGAUCGCAGGCGCCUUGAGGAUGACCUCGGCUUAUCCAGGAACAAAUCAAGAAAGGAGCAGAUCGCUGAGCAACGAGAAUAUAAAAAGAAGAAAGCCCAGAAGAAGGUGCUGAGGAUGAAGGAACUGGAACAGGAGAGAGAAGACCAAAAAUCCAAGUGGCAACAAUUUAACAACAAAGCUUAUUCGAAAAAUAAGAAAGGACAGGUUAAGAGAAGCAUAUUUGCAUCUCCAGAAAGUGUGAACGGCAAAGUAGGGGUGGGCACGUGUGGAAUCGCAGACAAGCCCAUGACGCAGUACAACGACACGUCCAAAUACAACGUCAGGCAUUUAAUGCCGCAGUGA